CCUCGUAGCCACUCCUCGACAGCCUCGGCGCCAGCAACCGAAGACCUUCGUCGUCCGCCAUUUUGCCGAAUCAUCUGUUUACGUCAAAAGUCUCGUAGUCUCCAUGACAGGAAUUCGUCGUCGCAUUUUAUAAUGAACGCCUUACAGUCCUAUUCUAGUGACGACGACGAGUCAGGGAACGAAGCGCCUGCCAAUAAAAGCUGUAAAACUGGGGAUCCUGGCACGAACUACGACGAUGUCGGAAUGGAUAUAAGUGAGGAUUCGGACGAUGAGGCAAUCUCCAAUGCCAAGGAGAAGUCCGGCAGCAAGGCGGGAGCAGAUGCCAGCAGCGCCCCUUCUACGGUGCCUCCAAAGACCGGCUCUUCCGCAGCAGAUAACCUAAAGAAUCAAAAUGACGCCAAAGAAGGACAGAGAUCCAGUUUACAAGAACGCUUAUUGGGUAUAGCUAGUGGCGGACAUAGGCUGUCCCAGGAUGACCGUGGGGGCACAGCAAACCGUAGAGAAAGUCGCUCUAGUCCCUCACGCAACAGGGAUGAACACCAGCAGGUCAGGAAAUCAAAAUCCAAGUCGCCAAAGGCAAAAUCUCCCAGGGCUCAUUCCCCUUCCAGAAGCGUUAAAAAUAAUCACAAAAAAAG